AUGAAGAGAGGAGAUUUACUUACCACGCUUCAUGACCAGUAUAACACUUAUACGUCCCCCAUACAAGACCCUGAUGCCUUCUAUCAUGACAUUUUCGAAAUCUCCCACGAGGCAACCUCCGUUGCCGAAUUCCAUCAUUUGGCUGACAAUCGCAGACGUCAACGCCUUCACGAAUUACAUGACGCCCUUGACGCUGUGAGCCUCGAGAUUACGGCAAAUCCAGCCCUUAUCAACAUGCCUCAGUGGCAGCAUGCCAUCCAGCUCUUCCGGACGAAUUCCCUCGAUUCUCUUAUUUAUUUCUUCGCUUCCUACCUUCCGAUAAACCCAAACUGGCAUCCAUCGCACCACACGUCUACCCAUUUCACCAACAGCGCCGAGUCAAUGUCCCACAAGCCCGAUGAAGAGCAUAGGCUUAAUGACACACACAAGUUCCACCUCUCAACGAGCGUUGGCGAUGAAGGGUUGCAACCUGUUCCGUUGUCCUUGCUGCCCCCGUCUGCUUUGCCAGGCAUUCCAGUGAUAGAUCAACAGGCUGAGCAGAACGAAUCUAUAGGAAUCACGCUCCUGGCGGCGGCGGCACCCCCCAUCUCCGAGGUUGGACCUGAGCAAAUUCGACCUCGAGAACAUAUCCUAACUAUCCAGGAUGGCAAGGAUGCAGCGCAAUCUAGAGAUGAACGGUCUACGAUUUUCGUCACAGACUAUUUAGAGACAUCAACAUGUUGGAACAAAAUUACAUAUAACGAAAUAAUCCGCCCAAAUAUCUCGGUGGCUUCGAUCUGCUCGACUAUGCUGACGAGUGAGAAACCGAAGAAAAUCAAGCGGGACUGCCCUCGAGAGCCAGCAUCGACUGGCAUGGAGGCUGAUGGUAAGUACACCUCGUCAAGUCCCAAGCGGAGGAGAAAGGAGGAUUAG